AUUCCUUGCCCAUCAUCAUCUAUAAAAUCUUUAAAAAAAAUAACUGAAAUAACAUAUUUUCAACACAAAACAGAUCACCUACGAUUUACUCCGAUUAUAUCGACUAGUGUACCCUCCUGUCCGAGAAAACCUCACAUUUGUUGAAUUCUUUUCAACUCCCGAUGUCUCUCUCUUUCUUCUCUUUUACACAGUGAGCAGUGAGACUGAGGAGUAGUGAUCAGUCAGUCUGUCUAUCACCCACCUCUCCUGGACUCUUCUUCUUCUUCUUCUUCCUCCUUCCCCCCUUUCUUCCCUUCAGUGGCUUUCAUUUUCGUUAAUAGUCAUUGUCUCGGUUAUUUUCCUUAAAAGCAUUCCUUCAAAACAUCUUUUUUGCUCUCAUUUCCAUUUCAAGGCUACUAAUCAAAAAACAAAUAAAAACCCACUUCAAAUCUCUAGCUAGAUGUCACUAUACAUGCUAAAAAAACAACAACCAAGUUAGGGUUUUUAGUUUUUAGUCUUCAUUUUAGAGCAAAUGUCAAGUUUUUUCUUGUUUGAGACUUGAUGGAUCCUACCAGUAUGAUGAAUGAUCCUAUUAGUUUAUCUGAGAUUUGGCCUUUUCAUGGUCAGAUUAAUAGUGGUGGUGAAUCUACUGCUGGUGUAUUAGAUGUUAGGAGAGGUGGUGGGUAUGGAGGAGGACAGAAUUUAAGUGGGUUUGGAGAAAUUGGGGCUUCACUUGAUGACUCUACUGUUACUGAACAAAUUAGUGGGAGAAGUGGUGGUGGUAGAAAAAAGAGGAGAGGAGGAGAAUUAGCCUCUCUAUCUGAAGAUGAAUCUAAGCUUGUUUCUACCAGCAGUGGCAAUGAAAUGAAUGAUUUUGAUGGCAAACUUCCAAAAGUUUCGGAAUCAAGAAAUGGUGGUUCAAAAACUGAAGGAGAGGAGAGUUCAGGGUUCGGCAAUAAGCCAGCUGAAAGUACGCAACCCUCGGAACCACCGCCUAAACAGGACUAUAUCCAUGUGCGAGCGAGAAGGGGGCAAGCUACUGACAGUCACAGUCUAGCUGAAAGAGCUAGAAGAGAAAAGAUUAGUGAGAGGAUGAAGAUUCUUCAAGAUUUGGUUCCUGGAUGUAAUAAGGUUAUCGGUAAAGCACUGGUCCUUGAUGAGAUAAUUAAUUACAUCCAAUCACUACAGCGUCAGGUUGAGUUCCUUUCAAUGAAGCUUGAAGCCGUUAACUCAAGAGUCGCUCCCUCUAAUGAUGGUUAUCCUCCCAGAGAUGCAAGUCAAAAUAUGACAUAUGACGCUGGAAUGGCGUUUGUUGCACAAGCAGGUAGUGAGUUUGGCCCAGGAUCAGCAUCAGAAUGGCUGCAUAUGCAGGUUGGGGGUGGUUUUGAAAGAGCAGCACAGACCAAAGGUUUUGAAUGAUCUUCAUCAGAUUAUGGUAGUAAGGGCAUCAAGCAUUACACGUUCAAUAAUCAUCAGAAUAUAAAUCCUGUUUAUCGUAAAGAGACCUUUAUUAUUGUUGGUUUGGAGCAGUAUGUUCUGUUUAUAUUAUUGAAUCUAAAGUCUCCAUUACUGUCUGUUAGAGAAAUCCUUGCAGUUGAUGUUAUAUAUCAUCUAAUAGGGUCUUGUGCUGAAUUGUUCUAGUAAACAUAAUGACGACCUCUUAGAAAAGUAUCUGUGAAGGCGUGAACCAACCUAACUUAAAGGCCUUUUUUGGGGGGCAUUGUAAGUGUCUAAAUAUGUUAGCUUUGUGUUAUAUAUUAAUGAUCAGCUGAAGUGUAAUGAAAUUUUAGGCAGUGUAGUGUGCUUUACUGUUGAUGGGUGUCCAUUCUAGGCCUAAUUUAUUUUUUAUUUCUUUUGCUUUGUUAUCAGUAUGUAUCAUGCUGAACUUUAGGCUACUAUUAAUGCAACUCUCUGGUUAUAAUGGAAA